UGCCCCUGGGCCAGGCGGGGGGCAGGAGGGUUCGGGAGGGCCAGGAGUUCGAGUCCCCGCUGCUCCCUCCCGGGUCAUCAUGAAACUCAUCAUUCUGGAGAACUAUGCACAAGCCAGUGAGUGGGCUGCAAAGUACAUUAGGAAUAGAAUUAUCCAGUUUAACCCUGGCCCAGACAAAUACUUCACUCUUGGACUUCCCACAGGAAGUACUCCUUUAGGAUGUUACAAAAAGCUGAUUGAGUAUUACAAGAAUGGAGAUUUGUCCUUCAAAUAUGUAAAAACCUUCAAUAUGGACGAAUACGUAGGUCUCCCAAGGGAUCAUCUGGAAAGUUAUCACUCCUUCAUGUGGAAUAACUUUUUCAAGCACGUUGACAUCUCUGCAGAAAACACUCACAUUCUGGAUGGAAAUGCAGCUGACCUACAGGCAGAGUGUGAUGCUUUUGAGAGGAAAAUCAAAGCAGCUGGUGGAAUCGAACUCUUUGUUGGAGGUAUUGGCCCAGAUGGUCAUAUUGCCUUCAACGAGCCCGGCUCAAGUCUGGUGUCCAGAACUAGAGUGAAGACAUUGGCUAUGGACACCAUAUUGGCUAAUGCUAGAUUCUUUGAUGGCGACCUCUCCAAAGUUCCCACAAUGGCUCUGACAGUUGGAGUAGGCACAGUCAUGGAUGCUAGAGAGGUUAUGAUUCUAAUCACAGGAGCCCAUAAAGCAUUUGCUUUGUACAAAGCUAUAGAGGAAGGAGUGAACCACAUGUGGACGGUAUCUGCCUUUCAGCAGCAUCCUAGCACUGUCUUUGUAUGUGAUGAAGAUGCCACUCUGGAACUCAAAGUUAAAACAGUGAAAUACUUUAAAGGUUUAAUGCUUGUUCAUAACAAGCUUGUGGAACCCCUAUACAGUAUGAAGGAGACCGGAGCAGAAAGAAAACAGUCAAAGAAGCCAUACAGUGAUUAGUUUCUGGAGGUCUGGAAUGAUGCAAAGCAGGCUUUUCUCGGGGAAACCAGCACUAGACACAAGGAAUCCCUCCAUAUGCUUGUACAUAAAUCAAAGAUGUGUUCAUUUAUUGUCUCCAUCGUAGGAGCUGAGUACAUUCAUCUUAAUAAAGUAGAUGAGAGCGGGA